CGAGGAGCCACAUUUUCGUUUCCAAAUAUUACCCAAGAAAAGAAACCAAGAGAAAACGAAGAGCCGCUGUCGAUCCAUAUCCGAAGGGUGGAACUAGCAAUGGUACUUAAGAGCACUAUCCCGGGUUCAGUUGAAGCGGGCAAAAACGACGUUUGCAUCCCAAUACUUCAAAGUUACGAGAUCAAGAAUGUUCCCCUUAGAAAAACUCGUUCCCCUCAAGUUUUGGGAAUUGACAUUAGCCUUGGUGGAGAUGUUCAGUCGUGUAAGCGUUGUCGUCGUUCUGAAAGUAUAUCGAAUAUGCUAAUUUGUGAUCGUUGCGAAGAAGCGUUUCAUGUAAAAUGCUGCAAGCCCCGAGUGGUUUUUCCAGUUGACGAUUGGUUUUGCGGUUCCUGUUCCAAAAUUAUGUCCGAAAAGUUGCAGAACGAUUCUUUCCUGAAAUCUCCUAGUAGCAUGGGUUUGAGGUUUGGCUUAACGUGUAAAUUUGAGCUGGGUCCAAUAGCAGUUAUGUUGAAGUACCCGGAGCCAUUUACGUCUAAAGUUCGGAUUGGUGAAGCCUAUCAAGUAGAAGUUCCUGACUGGUGCCAUCAAAUUCCUAAGACUCCACUGUCUGAAGUUGAAAACGAUGACGGGGAUUGUUCUCUUGCUGCUGUUUUGGACCCAUCUCAUUCUGAUUGUGCUGAUCGUCCUCCUCUGAUGGGAUCAGAAAAUGGCAUUGCUUCUAGAAAGAGGAAACUAGAAAUGGUGGAAAGCCCCUAAAAUUAGAAGUCAGUUUUUGACACACUACUCAUAUACCGAACAGACGUUAAAGGAAGAAACUAGAAAGUCUAUGUAUCUGUAUGCCUACAUGCCUCCAAACUGCAAAGUCCAAAUUACGAAUACAAAGUGGUGGUAAGUAAUUUUAUUUGAGAUCACGAGUGAAAACCUUGUACUUUUGUUUUUAAGCCAUAGGAAUUAGAACAGCACAAUGUCUUUUAGUACUAUUAGUUAGCAAAUAGCAAAGCAUUCCUCCAUUUUUUUAUUUCUCCUUUGAAAUUAGUUUCAAUUUUUGGUUGGUGGUAAUGCGUCACAGAGUUACUGAUGAAGCAAAAGUUUGUGUGUAUUCAAAGUUAUGAUAAUGUGAUAAGAGAGAAUUAAGGAGUAUACUUUUCAUUA